UUGUCAAAUAUGAAAGAUUGUUUUAUUAGGGAAAUAUUUGUUAAAUUGGUUUAAAAAUUGGUUAAUUACAGAAAAAUGCCUUCAUAAGUAUGUUUAAUAUAUCCUAUUUACUACCAUGUAGUCACAGUAACGACAAAAUAAAUAAAAAUGUGGUAUGAACUGAAGCUUCCGAGUUAACUUUUUACUUGUUAACGCAAUGUUCAAUUUAUUUAAUGGAAUGUUUUCAUCUUCUUGUUUUGGUUAUAUACCAGAAAUGGAACAAAUUAUAAGUCAGUUAGAAAGAGGAACUCUGGUCACAAAAUUUUCUUGGAGAAAAAAGGCUGAACGUAAAACUUUAGCUAUUAGACGUGAAACAAGACAAAUUAUAUGGACUCGUCCAGCAACCGUGACCAAACCAACCUAUGACGGUGCUGUGGACUGGGCUGAAAUUAAAGAAAUUAGAUUAGGGAAAAAUUCAAAAGACUUUGAGAAAUGGCCUGAUGAUGCAAGAAAAAUAGAAAAUUCAAAGUGUUUUGUUGUGUUUUAUGGCUCUGAAUUUAAGUUGAGAGUUUUGAGUGUAGCAGCUCUGUCAGAAGUUGAAUGUGACCUGUGGAUAAGAGGACUGAGAUACUUAGUUAAGGACACAAUAAAUGCACCGUACCCACUUCAAGUUCAAGCAUGGCUAAGACGGGAAUUUUACGCUAUGGAGAGUCCAAGAGAAACGAUAAAUCUGAAAGAUAUAAAAUGUUUCCUUUCAAGAAUAAACUAUAAAAUUCCUACCAACAAAUUGAGGGAAAUUUUUAAUGAAGUCGAUACCAGAAAAAGAGGGGAAAUUGGUUUUGACGAUUUCACGAUACUUUAUCAAAAAAUGAUAGCAGAUGAAAACAACCCUGCUGAAGUGUUUGAUAAAAUCCUACAAUAUUCGUCUAAUUUGAAAACGGUGAGUUUACAAGAAGUCGAAAGUUUUCUAACAGGUGAACAAAACGACAUAUUAGGAAAUGAUGACAGGGCAGUGUCUCAAUUUAUAUGCGAUUUCUUAAGGGAUCAUGACAGAGAAAUUCAAGAGCCUUAUUUUACAAUUCCCGAAUUCCUUGAUUUUCUGUUUUCCAAACAGAAUGACCUCUGGGAGGCUUCCAAAGAUAAGGUGUAUCAGGACAUGUCAAAACCAUUAUCGCAUUAUUGGAUUUCAUCUUCUCAUAACACUUACCUAACUGGAGACCAAUUCUCAAGCGAAUCAUCUGUGGAAGCGUAUGCCAGAUGUUUGAGAAUGGGUUGUAGAUGUAUUGAGCUUGAUUGCUGGGACGGCCCGGACGGUAUGCCUUUUAUAUACCACGGCCACACUUUGACGACUAAAAUAAAAUUCAUGGACGUUAUAAAAACUAUCAAGGAGAAUGCUUUUGUAACUUCAGAUUAUCCGGUCAUUUUGUCUAUAGAACAAUACUGCUCUCUUCCACAGCAAAGGAAAAUGGCAAUUGCUAUGCAGGAAGUAUUUGGAGAAAUGUUGGUGGUUCCCCCGGUAGAAGGUGAAACGAAGCUUCCGUCUCCUUAUAAUCUGCGCCACAAGAUCAUACUGAAACAUAAAAAGUUGCCCGAAGGCCAGGAAGAAAGCGCUCAAUUUAUAAAAAAUGAGACGUCCGACAUCGACAUCAGGAGUUCGGUAAAAAAUGGUAUAAUGUAUCUGGAAGAUCUCGUCGAUAAAGAUUGGGAGCCGCACUUCUUCGUACUUACACAGAACAAAUUAUUUUACACGAAUAGCUACAGACCGGAUCAGGGGUCUGAUAGGUCGGAGGACGAGGAAGACAGUGGAUCGUUUCAGAGGCCCAAGUCUAAUGUUCCGAACGAAGAGCUGCACUUUAGUGAAAAGUGGUUCCAUGGACGUCUUCCGGAGGGACGGAAGGAGGCUGAACAAUUGCUGAGAGCGUAUUCACACCUAGGUGACGGUACUUUCUUGGUUAGAGCCAGUGUGACUUUUGUCGGGGACUACUCCCUCUCUUUCUGGCAUAAGGGACAGGUCAACCACUGCCGAAUAUACUCCAAGCAAGACAGACAACAAACGAUGUAUUAUCUAAUCGAGGCCAAAUAUUUCGAUAGUCUGUACAGUUUGAUCACGCAUUAUCGUACUUCCCCACUGAUCACCCCUUGUUUCUCCAUUGUGCUUCGUGAACCCGUGCCACAGCCAAAUUUACACGAGACCAAGGAAUGGUAUCACAAAAACACGGGAAAAAGCCAAGCCGAGGAUAUACUGAGGAGGGUGAAAUCCGAAGGCGCGUUUUUGGUUCGUCCCAGCGAGAACGAUUCGAAUUGUUACACCAUAAGUUUUAGAGCCGAUAGGAAAAUAAAGCACUGCAGAAUCAAACUGGAAGGGCGGCUGUAUACGAUCGGGAACGUGGAAUUUGAGAGUUUGGUAGAUCUCAUAAGCUUCUAUGAGACACAUCCCUUGUACGGCCGAGUCAAGCUCAGUCAUGCGAUAAGCGAGGAAAUGGUCAGGAAAAUGAACACAGAGCAAUAUGAUUCAUCUACUUACGCCACCCCUUCCUACAUGGAUCCAAGCGUCAUAAAUUCCAAGAUUACCGUUAAAGCUCUGUACGAUUAUAGAGCGCAAAAUUGUGAUGAACUUUCUUUUUGUAAGCACGCAAUCAUUACAAACGUAACGAAACCGGAAGAUGAAUGGUGGAAAGGCGAUUACGGUGGCUUGAAGCAGCACUACUUCCCGAGAGUAUACGUGAAGGAAAUAGAACCGAACGAACCACAAGAAAUGGAUGAAAACUCGGGUGAAUCGAUGUUCCAGGGCAGUUUGGACAUGAAAGGGGCCGUCGUCGAUAUAAGACACAAUCCUGAAUGUCCUGGCAUGGAGUGGAUUAUAAGGAUCGUUACUUCUACUGCCUGUACUGCUUUUGAAUGUGCGGUGGAAUCGGAAGAUUUGGCCCUGGAAUGGUAUUCGAGCAUACAGCAGGUGAUCCAGAGGGCCAGUCGCCUGGAGAACGAACACCGCGAAUUGGAGAGGACGAAAAAGAUAGCAAAAGAAAUGUCGAACCUCAUUAUCUACUGUAGAUCCGUUAAUUUCAACUUAGAAAAGGCCAAACAGCAAGGUUUUAUAUUCUACGAAAUGUCCUCUUUCCCCGAACACAAAGCGGAAAAGAUCAUCUGCCAACAGGAGAGGGAAUUCUUCUUAAAAUACCACCAGAUCCAGUUCUCCAGGGUGUAUCCCAAAGGGCAAAGAUUCGACUCGUCCAAUUACAAUCCCAUAAACAUGUGGAACUGCGGGUCGCAGAUGGUGGCUUUAAAUUUUCAAACGGGCGACAAGCCGAUGCAGCUGAACCAGGCCAAAUUCCGGGAUAACGCGAUGUGCGGUUACUUAUUAAAGCCAGACUUCAUGUUCAGAGAAGGCUUUGAUCCCUUCGAGAAGAACACCCUGAUCGAUGUAGAGCCCUACACCGUUUCCAUAAGGAUAAUAGCGGGCAGGCAUUUGUGUAGAUCUAAAAGGGGGAUCGCCAGUCCAUUCGUCGAGGUGGAAGUUAUCGGUGCGCCGUUCGAUUCUGGAGUGAAGCUCGUCACAAGGCGAAUACUGGACAAUGGGUUCAAUCCAAAGUGGAACGACGAAGCUUGCGUAUUUGAAGUAGCUAAUCCCCAUUUCGCAUUGCUGAGAUUCGUUGUUCAGGACGAGGAUGUGUUUGGUGAACCAAAUUUUAUAGGCCAAGCUACUUAUCCAGUCACCCGUCUUCGAACAGGUUAUAGAAGUGUUUGGUUAAAAAAUGCUUAUAGUGAAGAUUUAGAACUUGCGUCGCUACUUAUUCACAUUAGCAUUAAAACCAAAUUAGCUAGUUAAUAUGUUACUUCCGUAAUAUUUAUAAUGUACUAUUUAUUGUCACGUCGUCAUCAUUAUGUUGUUUCACAUUGGCUAAUUUGAACUAAAACCGUGGAUGCGUAAUAAAACAACAUUAAAAAAAAAGUUAAAUUUAGAUGUUCAUACCUAGCUUUAAUUUAUUUAAGCGUAACCAAUCAUUAGUUUUAGAGAAGUGGCUUCUACGUUUCCAUUUCAUGUGUGUCUUGAGUCUCGUAAAAUUUAUUAUUGGAUAUAUAUAUACAGGGUGUUGCGUUUUUUAUUCGUUUUGGAAUUAUUUUUAAGCCAUAUCCUCUUUAAUACAAAUGUUUACUAGUCUGCUUCGUCGUUUUUUUUUAAUGUUGUAGAAUUACAUGAUAAUAGAGUAAGACCUAAUUUUUACAUUAACUUUCAACUUCUUAAAAAAUCACUACAGGCCUUCCAAAUAAUUAUGUUAUUCAAAUUGUUUAUUAAUUAUUUGUUACGAAGUAUGUUUUUGUAUUUUUUGUGUUGACAAAUCUCCAAACGUUAUGCCCACGGAAAAAGAAAAAUGUGUCGUCUAUUCUGUUGUAAUCAAAAAGUAACAUCCAUAAUUUACGAAUUUUAGAAUACUAGACGGCGUUUUUUAAUUCAUGACAGAAAACACAGUGUAUUGCGGGUGCCAACUAUUUUUGCCCUGAUGACAAUGUUUUAUUUUCUAUUUUAUUUUUUCUAUUCGGAAACUGUAUAGUUAAUCUUACAACUUCUUUGUCCACUUUUCACAAAGCUACGGGUUUCUUUAUGUCAGAAUGUCACACUGCUGAACGCCACGCAGACUGUGUUCUGUUUGCCAAAGCCUUAAGGAUAUGUGGCCAAUCUAUUUUUAUUUAAACUAAUAAUGUUCAAAUAAAAAGUCCCGUCGCCAUUUUCUCCGAAACGGAAAGAAAUAUUUUAGUUUUGUACACAUGGUUUUGUAGACUGGCUAAAUAGCUUCAAUUCUACACUGUAACUAUUACUAUGAUUAUUGGCACAUAGAUUGUGGUGCCAAACCAUUUUCAAUCCCAGAAAACCUAAAAUCGAGGCUAUUUUGGCAGGUCCAACAAACUGUGUUUACAAAACUAAAAUAUUCCUUUCCGUUUCAGAAAUACGCCAAAGGAGAUACCAUCUCUUUGUUUGUUUGACGAGAAACAAGGAUGCGUUGCAAUUUCAAAGCCGUUAGUUAAACUAGACUGACACAUUUUUACUUUAAAGUGGGCGUAGUACCUAAUAAUAAGCAUUAUGAUGAAAUAAAUGUUGAAAUUGUUAGAUAGUCUAUGAAUAUUAGUGAUGUCUUCUAUAAAUCGUUUGAAGUAGGAUUCGAAACAUAUCAUAUAUAAAUGAAAUAUUUUAUAUAAUGUGCUAUUAAGAACUCUAAAGUAUUGUGUACUGCAUUUAUAUUUUUAUUGUUGUAUGUGUAUUAUUAGUAAAAAAUGCAAUU